GUCGGACAAAUCAGUCGAUAUCAUGUAUACAUGUAUACUCUAUAGAGUUUCCGUUCAGUGUAGUACUCCAUGUGUCGAAUUUUCUUGGAUUUUGGAUUUACAGUGUAUUCAAAAGUCGUCGUCAUCCUUCAUCAAUGAUUACCCAACACUCAACUCAACGAGCAGCUUUGUGUUUUUGCUCUCGCGGAAAACCGGAUUAAAAUUUUGUAAAAAAUCGCGGAAUAAAACCAUGGAAAUGGAAAAUUUGGAGAAAAUGGACUCAAUGUCCGAUUUGCACAACGAGCUGGCCGAGCUCCAGGAGCGAAUGCAAACCUCCAUCGAGGGAAUCAGCCACGAUGCCCAGGCAGCGGCAAAUGCCAAGGUGGAAUCAAACCACACAGAUCCAGUUGUGGAGCUCGAAUGCAAAAGAGACUGGGAAGAAAGCUUGCCCGGAUUCAUGGAAUCGGCCCGGGUGGCCAAGCGCCAACUGCCCCCGGAGUUGGAAGACCUGUACGUUCAGGAACGUGAACUGGAACGCGGCCUGCUGCAUCGCCGUGAAGCCAUCCAGUCGUUGCUGGACGAAACAGCAACCACCAAGUGGGCGGACAUCGAUUCGGCCCGGCGCAGGGCCACCGUUCUUCGGCAGCAUCUGCUGCAGAAGAAGACGGAGGAGGAAGAGGUUCGCUGUGCGAUUCAGGAACUGCGAGACAAUACGGCCAAUCGGGUGGCGAGUCUGAUGCAGCUGUUGGAGGAGAUGAAACAGCGGAAGGUACGUCUGCAAGCCAAACAGGCCGAACAGAAACUGAAGUCAAAGCGAUUGGAUGACGAGCUCGAGCGGUUGGUACGGGAACUGAACGCUCUGAAGACAGCUAACGCACAGUAAGAGGAAACCGGAAACGAUUCAUGAAAAAGGUAUACUACGCCCUAAUUUACGUUAAUUUUACUUUGAAAUUUUUCCCUGUUUUGUUAAGUUAUGUUUCUUGAACCAAUGAUUUCACAAUAAUAACAAAUGACCUUCUAAAUGUAUAAAUCUGUUGUUCAAUUGU